AUGAAGUUUGACACAAUGUUUUUCACUGUGUUCGACCUGCCGGGAGCCAUGCUGAAGAAAACAAUGAAAGGAGCGGACAAAGCGAUUGUGGCGAAGUCCUUUGGAAAAUGGCAAAGCAGCUCUCAAAGGUCCAGGACCAUGGAGAAGCCGGAUGAGCCGCGGGAGGAAGGCAAGGAGGAGGAGGAGGAGAGCCCUUCCAGCUGCACCUGUGAGUGCUCCAGAAAAGGCAAGGAACCAAUAGAGGAUGACUUGCACACUCACAUCCUGAGGAAGACUGAUUCCUGUGGACACACUGAGCAGUGUGGAUCGGGUGCACCUGACAACAUAUCCCAUACAUCAACGUGCAGAAUACACAGACAGAUGGACUCUGAAGGUGAGGAGACCCAGACCCAAGUAUGCAAUGGCAGCGGGGUCCCUCUGUUUGCAGUUCUGACUGACUGCGUUGCUGAGGCGCCCAGCGCAGGCAUGCUGGCGGCCAGGAAGAGGAGUGCUCUCGAAGGGGUCCAGGGAGCCCCCGUCAACAAGCGGAAGUCGCUUCUGAUGAGGCCACGUCACUACAGCCCUGGCCCCAGCCCCGGCCAAGCCAGUGACGGAGACGAGGACGAGGACGGGGACGAGGACCAGCACUGUGAGGAGCUGGCAGCCGCGCGGGACAAAGACGAGCCCAGGAACAUUGACACUCCAGCAGAGGAGAAUGGAGAGCUGGACCCUACUCUGCACUCUCAGAUAAACACACACACCCCAGACCCUGUGCACUGGUCUGACAAUGUGAGCGAGGGAUCACCUCGUCCACAGACUCUGAUGCCUGACAUGCCAGACGAAGAGGAAGAAGAGGAGGAAGACGAAGACAUCCAUACAGAGAUGAGGCUGCGAGAGAUGGACAUGGCGUACCGUCUGGCCCAGCGCCAGGACCUGGAGCACGACCUGGAGAACGCAGAGUGGCUCCGCGCCUCCUCGCCCGCAGCCAGCAAGGUCAAUGGCAUUCACAUGCACCUCAGCCCUACGAAACUCGCCGACGAGCCCCCAAGCGGACGGAAGUGCCUGGGCCCGGAGCUCCACCCUGAUGACGCCAUGCUGGGCUACGCCAGCCGACCCCCUGGCCUCCCCAUGCCAGACGACCUACCCUUCACCAGGGAGCCCACCAGCGAGGACAGCGAGGAGGAGCUUCACCUCCCGCACCACCACCACCACCACCCACAGCACCCACAUCACCAUCAACACCAACAACACCAGCAGCAGCAGCCGCACCACCACCCGCAGGCCCGUCUGGAGCCCAGCUGGGGGGCGGGACCCGGGGGGCUGCAGGCGGCACGGCCCCUGACCAUGGAUCGCGCCCGGCUCAACCUGAGCCUCCUGGAGCAGGCCAUGCUGCUGCAGUCGGAGCAGAGGCAGGCGCUGCACAACGCCUACAAGGACAUGGACCGCUUCCUGCUGGACCAGAUGAACGGGGAGCGCCGGCACCAGAGGCUGCUGGAGAUGAGCGCCGCCCGCGCCGCCUUCCACGGAUGUAAAGAGCCCAUCCGCACGGAUAAAAAGGACGUGAAGUGCCCCACUCCAGGCUGCGAUGGCACUGGCCAUGUCACGGGACUGUACCCCCACCAUAGGAGCCUGUCAGGGUGUCCACACAAAGUCCGAGUACCCCCAGAAAUCUUAGCCAUGCACGAGAACGUCCUGAAGUGUCCAACACCGGGAUGCACAGGAAGAGGUCAUGUCAACAGCAACCGUAGCACACACCGGAGUCUUUCAGGAUGCCCCAUAGCUGCUGCAGGAAAGAUCUCCAAACCUCAAGAAGAUGUAAACAAGUCUAGACAGCCUCCUGAUCGCCUGUCCAGACCUAUGGACCUGAUGAAAAAAUUUGACUUCAGCCAGUUUAGCAGCUAUGGGCUUCCUCACCCUGUAGCCGCCCUGCAAGCCAACAUCUCCAAGGACAUGGACAAGUACAGCAAGAUCAACUUCGACUACGCCAGCUUUGACGCACAGGUCUUCGGCAAGCAACAACCCCCUAUGGCGCCCAACCAGGACCAGGAAAUCUCUCACUUCUCCGACUCCCCUUCCCAGUACCCCUUAUUUCUGGGUCUGGGGGGACGUCUUGUGAUACCCGGUGGCCAAAGUCCUGUCCACCUCAAAACGGAGAGCGACGGUCUCCACAGCAGCAGUGUUGCCGCCACUGCCGCCAUCCUCAACCUCAGCACCCGCUACCGUGACAAGAUGGAGGUUCUGUCCAGCCAGCCGCUGGCAACAGCCACAAAGGACAUGCCCAUAGAAGUGGAUGAAAAUGGCACCCUGGACCUGAGCAUGAAGACUAAGAGGGACAAGCUGAAGGACCCAACGUCGUCUUUGGCCCCCUUGCCACCACCUCCUCCGCCGCCACUGCCACCCCCCAUGUCUCUGGGGGAGGGCCUGCCAACCCCAGUCACCCCCAUGUCCAAAGCCAGCGGUCUCCACAACCACACUGCGUUCUACCAGGCUCUGUGCGAGCAGGAGAGUUGGGAUGCGCCGCUGAACUUCAGCAAGCCCCACAUGAUGCAUCCAGACAGGGAGGUGAGGACCAUCUGGAGUGAUCAACUUGACAAGACAUCACUAGAUGAACAGGCCUAUGGAGGAGACCCUUGUCUGCUCAGUCCUAAAUCAAAGAUGCUUUCAAGAGAAGCAAAGAAAGAACUCAUGAGUUGUCCAACCCCUGGCUGUGAUGGCAGCGGUCACGUGACUGGAAAUUAUGCUUCACAUCGAAGUGUGUCUGGGUGUCCACUGGCAGACAAGACCCUGAAGUCACUGAUGGCUGCCAAUGCUCAGGAACUAAAGUGCCCAACACCUGGUUGUGAUGGUUCUGGCCAUGUGACUGGGAACUAUGCCUCCCACCGCAGCUUGUCAGGAUGCCCCAGAGCAAGGAAAGGAACUCUGAAGCUCACACCAAACAAGGAUGAAAAGGAUGACCAAGAAAUUAAAUGCCCGGUGACGGGGUGUGAUGGCCAGGGUCACGUGUCGGGAAAGUACACCUCCCACCGCAGCGCAGGCAGCUGCCCCAUCGCCGCCAAGAGGCAGAAGGAGAGUCCCAUCAACGGGGCCUUCCCCUGGUCUAAGGUGACCAAGCAGGAGCUGCCCCACUGUCCACUGCCCGGCUGCAACGGCCUGGGACAUGCCAACAACGUCUUCAUUACCCACAGAAGCCUGUCUGGUUGUCCACUCAAUGCCCAGAGUUUAAAGAAGAAACUCUCAGGAGAUGAAAUGAUGACCAUUAAAGUGAAAGCCAGCAGUGGUAUUGAAAAUAAUGAGGACAUGCAGCACUUGGAUAAUGAGAUUAAGGAACUGAAUGAAUCCAACCUGAAAAUAGAAGCUGACAUGAUGCAGCUGCAGACUCAAAUAUCAUCAAUGGAAUGUAACCUUAAGACAAUUGAAGAGGAGAACAAGAUGAUCGAGCAACAUAAUGAUGGCCUGUUGAAGGAAUUAGCUCGUUUAAGUCAAGCUCUCAUUAACAGUCUAAAUGACAUCCAGCUACCACAAAUGGGUCCCAUAAAUGAGCAUAAUUUCGAAGCCUAUGUGAACACGCUGAUGGAUAUGUAUAACAACUCUGAGCACGACUACUCCCCUGAGUGCAAGGCCCUUUUGGACAGCAUCAGGCAGGCCAUCAAAGGUAUCCAUGUGUAAACUGUCCGCCUGAGUAUUUUC